UAUAUAAGUCUGAACACUGAAAUGAGAAAAAAGGCAGCUAAUGAGUUUGAGAAAGAUUUCUAUAAAUUAAUGAACAACGCAGUGUUUGGUAAAACGAUGGAGUUCACGCGAAAAAGAAUAAAGAUGGAAGUAGUAUCAGGUGAACGAAAACUUCAGAAAUUGAUUAACCGUACAACAUUCAAAUAUUGUACGGAUUUCAAAAAUGAAAAUCUAACAGCUGUGACAUUGGAGAAUAAAAUCAUAGAUUUCUGCAAACCGAUUUAUAUAGGUAUAUAUAUAUUAUUAUUAUUAUUUUUUUUUUUAACAACGGACUAUAAUUUAUUUAUAAUUACAGGUUUUGCAGUGCUGGACGUAUCCAAAUCUUUAAUGUAUGAUUAUCAUUAUAACGUUAUGCAGGCACCUUACAAGGAAGCUAUUCAGUUGAUGUACACUGAUACAG